AUGGAUGUUUCUGAUGAAGACGACGAGGAAUGUUUUGGUUCUCGUUUCAACGACGAUGUUGAAUCCGAAGAAGAAGAAGAAGAGGGUUUUAGUUUCUUCGACGAUGUUGUUGAAGAAGAAGAGGGCUUUGCGUCUGAUUUCUACAAGGCUGGUUCUGACUGGUCCUGUUUGGUGGAAGACGAAGAGACCGAUAAGGUUACUCCUGAGAGUAAGAAGUUGAAACAAUCGAACUUGUUUCAGAUUUGGGGUUUACAAAAGACUACUCCCGAAUCGAAGAAGAAUAUGAAACAAACAAACUUGUUUCAGAUUUGGGGUUUGCAAAAGUCUUCUCCUUCCGCUUCGCCUGCUUCGUCGUCGGCGAAAAAGACGACGACUGCUUCAAGAAAGAGACUUAGGAACUCUUCGUUUUCAAGUGACUCGCCUCGACAAUGCCCUUUUUAUAAGAAACUUCCAGGAACACCCUUUACUGUCGAUGCAUUUCGCUAUGGCUGUGUUCAAGGAUGCUCUGCUUAUUUCCUUACUCACUUUCACGCUGAUCAUUACAUUGGUCUCACUAAAGCUUGGUCUCAUGGUCCAAUUUACUGCUCCUCACUCACUAGUCGUCUUCUUAGACUUAGCCUCUCUGUUAAUCCCUCGUUUAUCCAUGCAUUGGAGCUAGACGUAGAGCACACUAUCAAUGGGAUCAAAGUCACUUUGAUUGAAGCUAAUCAUUGCCCUGGUGCUGCUCUUAUUCACUUUCGUCUCUUAGAUGGAACAUGUUAUCUGCAUACCGGAGAUUUCAGGGCUUCUAAACAGAUGCAAACUCAUCCUCUCCUCUUAAACCAACGAGUUCAUGUGCUGUAUCUGGAUACAACCUAUUGCAAUCCGAGAUACAAAUUCCCCUCUAAAGAAGAUGUAUUAAGUUAUGUUGUGAGAAUCACAAAGGAGUUCCUCAGGAAGCAACCAAGGACACUGAUUGUGGUUGGUUCUUAUAGCAUUGGGAAAGAAUGUGUUUAUCUAGCUCUUGCCAAAGCGCUUGGGGUUAAGAUAUUUGCAAAUGCUUCAAGAAGACGGAUACUGCAAUCUUUUGGUUGGGAUGAUAUUUCAAAGAAUCUUUGUACAGAUGGGAAAGCCACAUGUCUUCAUGUUCUGCCUAUGUCAGCACUGAGAGUUGAAAGACUCGACGAACACUUGAAGCUUUAUAGAGAACAGUAUGGAGCAGUUUUGGCAUUUAGGCCCACAGGUUGGACUUACUCCGAGAAGAUAGGUGAACACCUUGAUCUGAUAAAACCAACUUCAAGAGGGAAUAUCACCAUUUAUGAACUUCGUGAGUUUGUUCAAUUUCUAAGGCCGGAUAAGAUUAUUCCUACAGUGAACAUCUCAAAUGCUGAAAGUCGCGAGAAAAUGCAGUCGUGUUUCAGAGAAUGGCUCAGACGCUAA